UUCCUUCUGAAACUAUUCCAAACAGUAGAAAAAGAGGGACUCUCCCUAACUCAUUUUAUCAUCCUUCCCGCCCCUAUUCCCCACCCCCAAACACGCUCUUUUCAAAGAGCCAGAAACUUUAAAAACUCGGAUCGGCACAGCCCGGGAGUUCGCCACGGGAUGGGAACAGACCCCGAGAACAAGUUAACAAUGAAAUCACCUGAAGGAGUUCAGAGCGGUAUGUCGUCCCAGCCCAGCUCCGCACUCAAAGCUCCGGGGGCCGGCUCGAGGGCGGCGCGUGGUGCCGGGAGCCUGACAAUCGCGCACCGGGCCAGAAAGCGAGGUCGACAGGCGCCCGGCCUUCCCCCGGCGGCGGGGCUGACAGCCGGGCAGACACAACAUCACACGUGCUGCGCCUCGCACCACAACACCUGCCGGCCUGUCAGCCCCGCUAGCCGCCUCAGCCCGGCUCCGAUCCUUACACCGCCGGCCGGAGGCCAAGCCGGAGCCGGAACCCGAGCCCAUGACAGAGCGCCCGCGAGCGCGGAGGAAGCCGCCUGACCCGGCCGACGCGGCGCGAGGAAACGGGAUGGGCGCGCCCCGAGGGAGAGCGGGCUCGCCGGCUCCGCCAGCCCGAGGCUCCGCGGCCUGGGCCGCUCGCCGCCCGCCCAACCGCCGGCUCCCCCAGGGCGGGCCCCGCCGGCGGGGUCGGAGCGCGGGGCCAGGAGGCGGCUCGCAGGUAGCGGGCAGGGGCAGCCGGGCGCCCGGCGGGCUGGCGCGAGGGGGCGGCCACGGCGCCCCAGCCCAACGCCUGGCACAGAGCAGAGCAGCAGGAGGCGGCGCAGGCCGCGGCGGGGCCUGCAGCGGCCUCCCGACCCCGCGAGGCAGCGGGCCGGGCCCUGGAGCGGCUCGGCUUCGGGCUGGGCGGCCAGGGGCGGCCCGUCGGCUACUUACCGGGAGAAAGGAGAGACCCCAGGCCGGACCGCUGAAAUGUCCCAAACUGACACGGCCGCCAUCUUGGAGACACCUCUGAAGAGCUGAUCUAUUCAGGAUGGGAAAUCACGCAGGCAAACAAGAAUUAAACACCGAGAAGACCAAUACGCUAAGACAUGAGCUGAUCCUAAAAAUUCGCAAGUCGUUUUGUUAUUAAACACAAAUUUCCUUGGUGAGUCAGAGGCUAAGGGCAUGGGCUCUUGCUGCUGCCCUCUUCCCUGACAGCUGGGUGGAAGCCUGGUCCUUGUUAAUAGGAUUCAUUGUUACUAAUUUAUUGAGGAAGAUUGCUGGCAAUAGGUAGGUCCUGACCUUGCAAAGAAGUAAAGGAAUGCAGAAAGGGAAGGAGUUAGGAAGGAGAAAGAAAGGGAGGACAAAAGACAGAUAAGGAGAAAGAGGGAAACAAGGAGGAAAGGCAGACGAAGCAGGUUGUGCUCUGGGGUCCAUGCUGUGUGAUUGGUUCUAGAAGGCUUAGGAGGUUCUCAGAGAGGAAAGAGACCGUAAAAAUCCCUUUGUUCUCAUGCAAAAAUACUUUUGAUUUUUCAACAUUUUUCUUUUUUAGAUAAAGAUAUUUCCAAACUGCAUUCUAUCUAAUUAGCUGCUGGUUUGAAAGAGCAUAGACAUUUAUACCAGUUCAUGAACGGUGAAACACAUCAGAUUUUCUUUUAGCUCAAAAACCUAACUUCAUCUACUAAGGUCCCACUCCUUUCUUCUCAUGGAGUGUGCCUCUGACUCCUCUUCACCAUGGAGUGUGCCUCUGACUUUUCCCUCUGGUCUGGUUCUGGAAGAACUCACUCUGAAUCCCAGAGGUCUGGACAAAGGAUAGGAGAUACUCAGGCUGUUCCCUUGGACCUCUCCUAAAUCCGUAACUUGCUUUCUCCUGAGUGCGGCUGCUUGGCUCCUUACCGGCUGUCCUUCCUCUGGGGUCAUGCUCUGGCCUGACUGCACAUUGGAAUCUCCCAGAGAGUUUUCAGAUCUGCUAGAGUCUGCCCACCUUAGAUCCUGAUGCAGGCGUGGGCAUUUUCCAAAGCUCUCCAGGCCUGAAAGCCAAAGUUCCAGGUUCCUCCCGUUCCCGUGUGUCUUGUAUUUUGGCUGCCAGGAUUUCCCUCUAUCGGUUGGAUCGUCACCCUCCUGCUCCCAGAACUUCCAGGAAGUCCUUAGCGCAGACUACAUUCCAAGGUUCUCAGCCUCUGGCUCCAGCCCUUCUUCACUCUCACUGUGACUGGCCCUUCCAGUGGCAGCUCCUGCACAGCCCAUUGCUAACCCUUACCAUAAAACAUUUGGAAAAUACAGUUCAUCAAACAGGAAACUGCAAAUUAAAAAUCAUUCAAAUCCUUCUGGCUACUUAGAAUUCAUCUCUUUGUAUUUCUAGCAUGGCAUUCACCAUUGUCCGCCUUAUUUGAAGGCACUGGCUUCUUUUGACUGAUUUGGAUUCUCUGCAUUGCCAUCGAUUCCUCUGUAGUGUCCUGAGUCAGGGUUCUGGACCCUUUUCCCACUGAGAUGCUCAGGACAGAUGAUCCAAGGAUGUUGACAAGGACACAGAUGCUGAGGCUCCUCGCCGUCUGUCUUUCUGCCCACCCUUCUCUCUAGACCAGGCUUAUUCUGAUGAUAAGGAAUAAGCCUGCCGUUGCACACAAAAGUAAACCCACCCUAAUUUGUAUGGGGGGCUCUUGGUCCGUGCUGUGUGGUUGGUCCUAAAGGUAUCAGGAAGUUCUUGGAGAGGAAAGAGAUGAUACAAUUCCUUUGCUCUGAUGCAAAAAUACUUUUCAUUUUUCAAAAUUUUUUAUAUUUUAAACAUGUAUAAUUUUCCCUCGAGGGAAAUUAUUUCAUUUCCUUGUUACUUUAAUUCAACAUAAAAUUAUGCAUGCUCCAACCUGAGGGAGAUGGUGGUGUAUUAGAAUGUCUGGCUGCUGAAGAUGGGCUAGCGUUAGGGUCGGCGUAAACCCCGUCUUACACCCAGAAUGCUUUAGAAAUGUCCAUGGAAUUGAACUGAAUUGAAUGUCAGUCUUCCAACCUCUUACCGUGGUCCGUAGUGCGUUUUUAUUUAAUAAUAAUAAUAAACUUGGAAGAAACGGGA